CUCACUUCUGGUCCUACACUCAGGGUUUCUCUCUCAUUGAUCCCCUCGAAGUUCAUUCUUUACCAUUCAACAUGUCGGAUUACGGCGGCGACAACGACGCUGAGGAGAACUACGAUUUCGAGCCUCAAGAGGAGGUCUUUGACGAAAACGAGCCCGAGGAUUUCCUUGACCAGGAGGGUCUCGAGGGUGACGAUGGUGUCGAAGGCGAAUCGUACGAACCCGCUGUCAACGGCGAGAAUGUGGUCGUUUCGGGCGACCCCAACGCUGGAUACUCGGGCAAGGUUAUGGAACAGUCGCGCGAAAAGAAGGUUCCCAAUGACAAGCGCACGACCACUCCCUACUUGACCAAGUACGAGCGUGCGCGUGUCCUCGGCACUCGUGCUCUGCAAAUUAGUAUGAAUGCGCCCGUACUCGUCGACCUCGAGGGUGAGACCGAUCCGCUGCAGAUCGCCAUGAAGGAAUUGAACCAAAAGAAGAUCCCUCUGAUCGUGCGCCGGUAUCUUCCUGACGGAUGGUACGAGGACUGGUCUUGCGAGGAGCUGCUUUAGACUGAUACCACCCCUCCUUCCUGGGAUUUUGGGAUUAUUUUUUGUUUUUGGGUGGAUUCAGCAUAGCGUUCGGAGUUUUGGAAGCCUAGAAACCGUGGCUCAGCAGAGAUUCAGAGAAAAAAAAUAGGCGCAAUGCGCCGUGGACAUGGGCACGAAUUGUACAUGAGAUCUACAAAGACCAAAAAAAUAGUAAUGACGGUUUCUACAUUUUGAUC